CCGGAGCCCAUCCUAUAAAUUACUUUGGUAGCUAGUCUCUUUGGUAUUACUGUUCAGCUGAUCUGUUAAAACAUAUCCGAGCAGUGAACUCGGAGAUGGCAAGAAUGGAGCUUGCACCGCUCAGACCAUGGGACGACUUCUUCCCAGGAGCUGAUCGUUUUGCUAAACCCGAUUUCGGAGAUUUAGCUAAAUGGAACAACAGGGUGAUCAGCAACUUGUUAUACUAUCAGACCAAUUACUUCGCAGUGGCCAUCGUGGUUUUCCUGGUCGUGGGAUUUCUGAACCCUCUUGGCAUGUUCCUGGGCGGAGCAGUGGUUUCUCUGGUCUUCAUGGUUUCGGUGUGGGCAGGAGAGAACAAGAAUUUCAUCAAGAACUUCAAGAAGAAAAACCCCACCCUGUUUGUCAUUGCUGUCAUGGGAACGAGCUACUUCCUGCUGUCACUAUGUGGUGGAGUGAUGGUCUUCAUCUUUGGAAUUACUUUUCCCUUGCUGUUGAUCCUGGUUCAUGCGUCUCUGAGGCUGCGCAACAUGAAGAACAGGCUGGAGAAUAAGAUCGAGGGAGUGGGCAUGAAGAAGUCCCCAAUGGGCAUCAUCCUGGAUCUACUAGACCAACAGGAGGAGAAGAUCAACAAGAUCCAGGACUUCCUGGAGUCUAAGCUAAACAAGGAGUGAGGGGAGAGAGCCAAAAUGGCACCCUCAUUCAAUUCAACAUGGUUUGCUUUUUCCUUUAACACUAAAAUCAAGUGUUGAUUUUUACCCCGCAUAAUGUCAGUGCUGUCACAUUCCCUUCAUUUGUCAUUCUCACUCCAUUUUGUUAUAUUGAAUGAGCACUUUUUUUAUACAUUUUGUGUCAAAGUACCUGAUUUCUUUAGAGCAUUUCAGAAAGAUUUGUACAGUCCUGUAUGGAUCACAUUUUGGGGGAAGGCACUCGGCACAAUGAAAUGAGGCAUGAGUGUUUCUGUAUAUUUGCCCAAUAAUGUUCAGAGGAACACAAUACACAUGUUGUCAUUAUGUAAUUGCAAUAUAUAUAAAGCUGCAUGCCAGAAUGCAAUAACUAUUGCACGUUAAAACAAUUGUGUUCAGUAGCAUAGCUUCUAGAUUUAUUAUUAAAAAAAAGCAAAUAAUUUAAUCAGAAUCAAUUUAUUUGCUACCUCAGAAGACAAACUCUAUAUUUCCUCUCCUAAUGCUGAACUAGUGUUACUGGGCUCCCCUUCUAUUCACUGGACCAGUGACUGCAUAUUAACAAGGAGCAAUAAUAUCUCUCUUGUUACUUCAGACCCUGUGGGUUGGGCUUGAGAUGAACAUUAUCAGCUCAUGGCUAUGCAAUAUGGGAAAAUGAAUGGCAAAUGCAGCUUUAUUAAUUCAAGUAAUCAUGGUGUAUAUGUUUACGUUGUGCUUUCAUGUCUCAUUGAAUCUUCUCUACUUGUGUAUUCAGCAGAAAACAAAUGUUUGCAUUACAAAAAACAGUGUCAGGCACCAAAGUAUUGCUGGAAAAAGAAUCGAUGCAUGAAUGUUACCUCUGUACUAUUAAAUAGUUCUGAUUAUUUCCCCUCAGUAGCAGAACUGAGAUUUUAUUCUAAAUCCACCAUAGUCAAUAGCCUAUCCAAUUCCAGGGAUCACCAUUAGUAAUAGAUGAAUAUGAAGAUUUUAUGAGCUAUUUGUGUUGUUUAGGACUGACACAGAUGCAGUCUUCCAAAGAACUAAGGAGAAUCACAGUUUGUAUCGGACAUAGCCAAAUUGCUUUUAGGAAAAAGGUGUGCACGCUAAUACUAUGGUUACAGUUUCACAGAUGAGUUCAGAGAAGGUUCUAUUAUAACGAUGUUAUAACAGAUUUUUUUUUGUGUGUAAGUAUUUCUAUUGAUGAGUAGUGAUAACAUAACUACAGACUUGGAAGCAGAGCACUGUGUUCCACCAUAACAAUAAAACUUAAUUUAAGGAA